AUGCUGAAUUGGCUGCGAGACUUCCUCAUCGAUCAGAAAUUCUGCGUCCGUGUUGGCAAAUCGUGGUAUUCCGCUCCCACUGCGGUCCCCCAAGGCUCGGUUCUUGAUCCAUUGCUCUUCGUGGUUUAUGCGAACAACCUGUCCGGUCAACUGUGCAGCCCAUCCUUCAGGUAUGCGAAUGGCAUCAAAUUCUGGCGUACAAUCAAAGAUCCAAAUGAUCGAAGUUCUCUUCAAGCGGAUUUAAACAACCUGGCUCAGUGGACGGAUACCUGGCCUCUUCCAGUCAACACAGCAAAGUGUGCUCACCUGCAAUUGGGGCGUGCUGACCCAGAGGUAGUCUACAACUUCCAGGGAACAACAUUGCGCAGAACAGCGUGCGAAAGAGACCUGGGGGUUUUGCUUACGUCAUCACCAAAAACCCAAGAAAACACCGAUCGGGUCUGUGUCAGCGCAUGGAGCAUUCUGAGCCCUAUUCGGCUCACAAUGGACGCUUUCCGACUAAUGUACGCUUUCCAUGUCAGAACAAGACUUGAGUAUGGUGGUGCGGCGACAUAUCCCUGCACAGUCGGUGAACUUCAGAAAAGAAGACAAGUCCGGAACCGGGAAUAUUGGGCGCAGGCCUCGAACCCGAGUACUACUUCAACACUCAAGACUCAAUUGGCCAAGCUGGAGCAUGUACAACGUGCUGCCACUGGACUCAUUGUUGGACUAAGUGGGACCAUCUAUGAGGGUCGUCUACAGGCUACUGAUCUGUUCCCAGUUGUGUAUCGGCUCCUCAGGGGAGAUCUCAUCUGUUUCAGGAAGAUCCUGAAAGGUGAUAUGGACCCAGAGCUGCAACAGUACUUCCCUUUAUGGACACAGAACCGCAUACGGGUGAACUCUCUCACUUUGGGGAGCCUUCAGUCAGUUGGUCUUCCGUUAGUCUACUGA